AUGGGGACUGUACCAGAUCCUCUGAGAUCUGCCAAGCUUUCCCUGGUCGCAGCUUCUGCAGAGGAGGACAACCUGGGAGACCUGCAGUCUGCUAACCGCCAGCCCCAACUACCCAGCGGCAAAAGGGCCAGCAAUGGCUUCCUGUGCACACCGUCCGGCUCUGCUGGAGUUCGCUUGUUCGACCUGAAACGCACGCCGGCUGCCAGCACACAGAGCUGUGAGCAAUGCCGCAAGGACGAUGCUAGCCAGCAGGAAGGCUUUCCUCCCGGGCUCACCAGCAAAGCUGCAGAGGGGCAUCCUGCAGCCAUAGAGCCUGCUGGUUGCUCCCGGCCAGCGGGCAGCCAGGGACCGGCAGCGCCAGCCCCUGCUGCAGCCGGAGCCCCUUUGGUGGGAGGGGGGCCAGAGAUGAUGCCAGCCCCCCAGAGCUCCCGGCAGUUUGUGCAAGGCAACCAGGUGAAAAGGAGCUCCCUGACACAAAUGGAUGACUCUGCCUUGAAACCUCAGGGGAGUGAUGAUCAGCCGGCACUUGAGGUGUUAAAUUAUUCUUCCCCAGGCGACCCUAUCAGGGGUAAUGAGUCCUGUCGUACUUCUCAGGCAAACCUUCUGCAAAGAGGGGAAAAAGACAGGGGAGCAGAAAAAAAUGGUUCUGCUGCAUGUCAGUCAGCCUCGCCAGCAAGGCACACUGAAGCUGACCUGGGGAGAGACCCACAGACCAGUUUGGAGGUGAAAAGUGGGGCUGCAGACACCGCGCAGUUGCAUCCCACAGGCAAAACUGAAGCGGUGCAGAGCAGCGAGGCACCGGCCCAGUCUAGUCACGAGAGUCUGCAUCCCAUACGCAACACGGACGCCGAGCCGGGGAGUCCAGGCCCCACCCAGGUCUCCAAAUUCAGAGAAACGGGUACAAUGACGGUUCAGCUGGAGAGCAGCUCUUUAACUCAGGAAGCAGUAAGCAGGACAUGGCGAGAUGCUGAGGUUCAGGCAGUGGCUACCGUGGAGAGCAAAUCAGCCUCCACCAGUCCCAGCAUCCUUGCUGCCUUCUUAAAAGGAAAUCCUCCUCCAGAGGAGAAGGAAGAACUGCACAUAAUUUACCAGGGAGGUAUGCGGCUGAGCCAGCCUGCACUUACUGACAGUUUAUCCUCACAACAAAUGUCCCCAUGUUCUCCCGGUGUCACGGCAAAAUCAACUGUUGUUAUGGCUGCGACUGCUUCAGCCCAAACCCAGUCUGUCAAACUGCCUGGGGUCCCAUCCGACGUGGUGUCUCCAGCAGCAGCAGAUAAUGCAAAACCUGUUCUCCCCUCCUCCCUUGCAGCCAUUACCUCCCAAGGGACAUCUGUGGGUAAUGCUGAAAUGAUCGGUGCAGCCCGUGAUGACAAGGAUGCUGCUCAGCUGCCGAUGGAUGCUCCAGUCCCACCAAAGCCCAUCCCUGUUGAGCAACUUGCAGUUGACUCGGGUAAUCAAACUCCAGCACGGUCUGGGUCUGGCACUGGCGAACCAAGCACCACUUCUGCCACCGCUGUCCCAGGAACCAAGAGCAAUGUGCAAGAUGUUGUCCAUGAUGCAGGAAGCAGCCAGUUACCCUUACUCUGUAGCACAGUCAGCGAAGUCAAGCAGAAGGAGGUCCCGGGCAGCUCUGAGCAAAAGCCUGUGCAAAGUAAGGGUGCGAGUCAAGGGGAGGUGAUUCCUAAUCAGUCUGUGGUAAAACCAAAGGAAGAAAACUCAGUGGUGCUUGAUCCUAAAGGAGGGAUGAAUGUUAGCAGCCAACAUGCCGCUGUCCGCAUACAGGCCCGCUCGAAGGAUGAAAAGGAGAGCAGUGGCCAGGGAGACGCUGGCCAGGCUCAGGCAGCUGGUGGCCAGAGCCUGCAGGCAGGACUGACACCCGAGUUGAGUGCCAGUUCUACACGUCUUGACCCCCCCUUGGAGGUACCAGCAGCUCCCUGGCAGCAAGGCCUCCAGGCCAAGGAGUCCAGACGUGAGCUUCACACAGCAGCUCUUCCCGCUUCAGCUCAGGCCUUGCCGAACCUGGGGGAAAACAAAAAGCAGCCCACCCCAGCCAUGGAGGCGAAAGUGCAGGUGAAGCAGUCCAAACACGUCAGGGAUGUUGUUUGGGACGAGCAGGGCAUGACAUGGGAGGUUUACGGUGCUUCCCUCGAUCCAGAAUCCCUGGGAAUUGCCAUCCAGAACCACUUACAGAGACAAAUACGGGAACACGAGAAACUGAUCCGGGCCCAGAACAGUCAGACCCGGAAAUCCAUUUGCUCGGAUACAUCCUCAAAUAAAAAACUGAAAGGGAGGCAGCACAACAUAUUCCAGUCCAUGCUGCAGAAUUUUAGGCGUCCUAAUUGCUGCGUCCGACCUGCUCCCUCUUCUGUGUUAGACUGA